UGACAAGUAAUGUGUGGCCAGCCAGACUCGUCCCCCAAUUUCCAAACGAUUGCUUACCUAUCUCACUUCUGAUGCGUCCAAUUUCCAGCACACGACCUCCACAAACGUGGCAGAACCUGGUUUAGUCUUCUGUCGAUGACGCUUUGGACGCCCCUUUGUAUGAGACAGUGAGAACCGUUAUACUUCCCAGUUUACGGCACCCAACCCGCUACUUUCUGAGUCACCAUUCUGAUGUCUGAGCUCGAAUUGACAUCUCACAAAGUCUUGGUCUUUGACGUUUAUGGGACCCUCAUCGACUGGGAAUCCGGAAUAUACAAUAGUCUCAAGCCGCUCUUCCCAAAGGACACUCCGAGAGAAGAGGUGUUGCAGAAAUAUGCUGCUGCGGAACUAGAUCUUCAAAUGAAAGAUCCGAGUGUACCAUACUCGAAGAUCCUCCAUCUCGCUUGGCUGCAGCUCAGUGGUCAAGCUAACACUACUCUUGGAUCAGCUUCCUCGACGCUACCAACAAGCGAUGCUGAGCGCUUUGGAGCUUCCAUACCCACGUGGCAGCCAUUUGACGACACCGUUCAAGCCCUCCACAGACUGAAGAAGCACUUUGCUCUAGUGGUUCUCUCCAAUGUGGAUAACAGAAGUUUUGGCGGCACACAUGAGUUGCUAAAAUCUAAAACACAUGAAGCUUCCAAGAGCAGAUACCCGACAGAUACCCCCGACUCCCCUUUCUCACUCAUCCUCACCGCCCAGCAACUUAAUGCGUAUAAACCAGACUUGAGGGUGCUGGAAACUGCACUCCAGCAAGUCUCGUCUGCGCCUCGCCCCCUCAUACCGCAUCCUAGCCCACCCUGGGGUGUGGGGGCACGCGAGGUACUUGUAGUGGCGAACUCGCUUCUACAUGACAUCGAGCCCGCAAAUCUUCACAGUCUUAACAGUGUGUGGAUUUCACGCCAUGAGAAAAAUAUCAUCGGGUCCAAAUCCGAAUUGAAGGAACGAGGUACUUGGACAUGGAGGUUCGAGACAUUAGGUGAUCUGGCAGAUGCGGUGGACCAGGAGGUUAAAGAAGCGCGCGGGGCUACAUGAACUUCAGAUAGGACAAGUUGUUGUCAUUGUAUACUUUGGUUGGAUGUGGUGUAUGAGGCUGGUACAACUGUCAUAAUUCCAGUGUAUGAGCGAACACUAGCUUGAAAGAAGUUGAAAGAUAUUUAUGAUGCGAUCCAACGGGUUGAUAGGUUCUUCUGUAUACAGUCUUCUGUCUGGAAAAUUAACUAAGGGUUCAAGCGAGAUCGGAAUAGAUGAUCCCCUCCUUUCUCAUUUUUAGCACUCCAAAUUUCGAAUAAGUUGAUACUCGAACUCCUGUUAAAAUAGAUCAGACAGUAGUCCCGGGCUUACCCGAGCCCCGCUUUUAACCCUCGGUUUCUUAGUUCACCCGAACACAUGACAUAGAUGGGAAUCAUCUUGCUGGC